AUAGAAAAGAAGAAGAAGGACGAGGAAGCGGAAAGAAAGAAGAUGGCGCAUGGUCUGUUUUGUUGAAUGUUUGAAUAUUUCUCUAAACAAGUUUAUCAACGAGCAGUUAAUCCUGCUGAAGAAACUUUCACAGAGUUUAAAUAAAUCAUCGUCAAGUCGGAGGAAGAGAUGGAUGAUCAGCGCAGACUGCUGGAUUUCUCCCGGAUUCCCCGGAUAAUCUUACACCGGAUAGAUUACCUGCUACAUAACGUUAAGGAGGAGCCAUGGAACCAGGAGAGGAGAUCCACUCUGGACCGGGAGGAGUCAGAACAUCUGCAGGUGAAACAAGAACAGGAAGAACCAGAAGAUCAUCAGAUAAAAGAAGAGCAGGAGGAUCUAGAGCAUCAGCAGAUAAACGUGGAAGAGAAAGAAGUUUACUGCAGUCAGGGUGAAGAACAGGUUAAGGUAAAACAGGAGACUGAUACCUGCAUGGUGGUUCCUGUUGAUGAACAAACAUCUCACACUGAAUCAGAACCAAACAUGAACCAAGUCAUCUUCCAGGAAGCUGCUGAAGCUGAGAACCAAAAUCRGAAAAGAAGCAAACCUUUCUCAUGUGAGACYUGUGAUAAACGUUUUGCUUUAAAAUCUGUUCUUGAUGCUCACAUGAGAAGUCAUACGGGUGAAAAGCCGUUUUCAUGUGUGACCUGUGGAAAAGGUUUUCGUCUAAAACAGAAUUUAACUCGGCACAUGAUGAUU